CUUCAGAAGGUUCAGAGUCUCAGUUCUGGUUCUGGUCCACAGAGAGCUGAUGAAGACCAUGAAGAUGAUGAUGAUGAUAGUCGUCCUCGUCCUUUCUGGUGUUUCAGCUUACGUUCCACAUGAGGCCAUUCGUAUUAGUGGCUGUUCUGACUCUGAUGGAGAGGAAAUGUUCGGUCUGGAUGGAGAAGAGCUCUGGUACGCAGACUUCAAACUCGGCAAAGGAGUCAGUCUUCUGCCCAGUUUUCUGGAUCCCAUAACCUACCCAGGAGGUUAUGAAGUAGCUGUGGCUGAGCAACAGUUCUGCAGAAAUAACCUGAGAAUUGAUCUGGAAGCCUACAAGUUCCCACUAGAACGAGAUCCUCCUUCCAGUCACAUGAUCUUCCCCAAGGACGCCGUGGAACUGGGAGAAAAAAACUCGCUCAUCUGUCAUGUGACUGGUUUCUAUCCCGCUCCAGUGGCGUUCUCCUGGACGAAGAACCAGGAGAACGCCACUGAAGGAACGAGCAGAAACAUUCCCUUCCCCAACAACGAUGGAACCUUCAACCAGUUCUCCACCCUCGAGUUCACCCCUGAGCUGGGAGACAUCUACAGCUGCAUGGUGGAACAUCUGGCCCUGGAUCAUCCACUGGUCAGGUUCUAUGAUGUGCAGAUGUCUCAGCCCAGCAUUGGCCCAGCGGUCUUCUGUGGAGUCGGUCUGACUGUUGGUCUUCUCGGCGUCGCUGCUGGAACCUUCUUCCUCGUCAAAAGAAACGAGUGCAGCUGAUUGGGCUAAUGAUCUUCAUCUUAUAGGCGUCUCAUCCUCAUCAUCUAAUCCAGUCUAAUGUUGUUAAGUAUCUCUUAUUCUUGUUGAACGAAUUAUUGAAUUAAUCUUCUGCUCUUGUGUUGAAAUAACGAUGACGGUGUAGAGAUGAUCUCAUUUUAUUUUCACACAUUUGUGACUUGUGUUUCUUGCAAUAAUAAACUCUAAGAUAAGAAGUCAGACCAGUUGACCUUUGACCCCUGCCUGUGUCUCAGCAGCACUUUUAACGGUUUGAUGAACACGACGUGUUUAAACUAUUAACUUAUUAUUACUAUAAGAACUAAAUUCAGAACGAGAUCUUCCAAACAUGUUUGUCUAAGAAGCUAAUUGGCUUUUUAUUCUGCUAGAGAUCCAUUUAGCUUGGAGACAUAGUUAUGCUAAGCUAAGCUACUGAAAUAAAAGCAUUUUCCUAAA